GAAGAAGUCUCUGCCGCGAUGUCGGAGACCGCUCCCGCCGCCGCUCCCGCUGUCGCGGCCCCCGCCGCCAAGGCCGCCGCCAAGAAGCCGAAGAAGGCGGCGGGCGGCGCCAAAGCCCGCAAGCCCGCGGGCCCCAGCGUCACCGAGCUGAUCACCAAGGCCGUGUCCGCCUCCAAGGAGCGCAAGGGGCUCUCCCUCGCCGCGCUCAAGAAGGCGCUGGCCGCCGGCGGCUACGACGUGGAGAAGAACAACAGCCGCAUCAAGCUGGGGCUCAAGAGCCUCGUCAGCAAGGGCACCCUGGUGCAGACCAAGGGCACCGGCGCCUCGGGCUCGUUCCGUCUCAGCAAGAAGCCGGGUGAGGUGAAGGAGAAGGCUCCCAGGAAGAGAACGCCCGCGGCCAAGCCCAAGAAGCCGGCGGCCAAGAAGCCUGCCAGCGCCGCCAAAAAGCCCAAGAAGGCGGCGGCGGCGAAGAAGAGCCCAAAGAAAGCCAAGAAGCCGGCGGCUGCCGCCACCAAGAAGGCGGCCAAGAGCCCCAAGAAGGCUACCAAGGCUGCCAAGCCCAAAAAGGCGGCGACUGCCAAAAGCCCGGCCAAGGCAAAGGCGGUGAAGCCCAAAGCUGCCAAGCCCAAGGCGGCCAAACCCAAGGCAGCCAAGGCGAAGAAGGCGGCGGCCAAGAAGUGAAGUAUUGAAGUGGAAAUACUUAAACCCAACGGCUCUUUUAAGAGCCACCCACCACUGUCCGAAAAAGAGCUGAGACACUCGGACAGUGAGCUCCAUGCCUGCAGCGAAGCUCACGAUUCGUCAUUAUUUGCUCGCGAUCGGAGUAUUUUGCUCGCCUGCAAAAAGCGCGGGGCUCUGAGCUGCCGGACGUGGUUAAAAUAGGGCUGGAAAAAAUAAAGUUUGCGCACUCU